UUCACCUUGACUGCAGGAGCUGCCACAGUGCAGCAGGUACCUGCGCCUGCACCUGUUUCUCUGGCACCUGGCACGCAGCUGCUCCAACCCACCUCUGCCGACCUACGCCUGGCGCGGCACCCCGCAGGCACCCCGCCUCCCCGGGCUCUUGAACUCCUUCUCUAGGGAAGGUCUCGCCUUCUAGCCCCGGGAUUACAGCAGCAAAACCCUGCCUCCUCGGCUCUGGGAGCGCCAUGACGGACGUCGGCUGGUGGAAACUGACCUUCCUCCGGAAAAAGAAGUCCACUCCCAAGGUGCUCUAUGAGACUCCUGAUGGCCUUGUGCAGACGGAGGGAAGCACUGAGCCGCCGCGGCCUGACGCGGACAGCCCCAGCAGUGACUUUAACAACCGCUUGGGGAAGAUGGUGGACAAGAACACAAAGGGCAAACACGUCAAGGUCUCCAACUCGGGUCGUUUCAAGGAGAAGAAGAAGGUGCGUGCCACGCUGGCCGAGAACCCCAACCUUUUUGACGAACGGGAGGACAAAGGCCAAUGACAGGGACAGGCGAGGAUGCUGGCACCUCCCAGCCCCCUGCCAUCAGCAGGUCUGAGGCAGGAGCUUGCCACGCUGGCCUCUGGGGUGGCGGUGGAAGCCUUUGGGGUGGUUGGUGCCUGCUAGCAGGAAAGUGUGCUGUUAGAUUGGUGCUCCUGUACCCGAGCGCGUGCAAGGCCCAGGAGAUCCCAACGUCUCCCCAUCCUCCCCCUGACGAUGACGACAAUGCACAGUAGUAUUCCAGUGCAAGGAGGCGGACCCCCCAACCCGGAAAGGAAGAGUCCACUUUAAACAAGUGGCAGGGCCCAACGUGGCCACAGCCCAGGGACUGGACAGCAGGAGCCAGCCAGACUCCGCCUUUUCCCCGGAGCACAGGGUCAAGGUUGAGUCUGAAUUGCUGUUCCUUCUACCUUUUGUGCCCUGGACCAACCCUGAGCAGAAGCCACGUGAUGGGGGCUGGUUUUCUUGGAGCCAGAGGUGGGAGGCGUUGAACUUGAGCU